GGCUUGCGUCAUGACGCUUCACGACGUCCUUUGCUUUCAGCCACGACACUUCCGAUUUACAUACAGCCUGCUUUACGGCAAUUUCUGCAAACCAGAAAUGUCAACUUAGGAGGUUGACAACUAGCCAGCUUCACUCGAUCAUUCACGGAUUUAAACCAGGGGAGAAACUGAAUGAAUCCUGGAGAUCCCAAGGACCGAGAACGCAUUGCGGAAGUCAACGGACAGCACCGUUGAAAUCGUAAGAAAGUCGAGUGAAUCUUGAAUAGCCAGCGUUAGCUAGCUGGCUAGCUGCCCAGCUGCCCGCCUCAGUAAGGCAAUGGCAGUCAGCUGACUGGCGAACCAGCUUGGAAAGUUACGAGUGCGAAACGCGCUGAAUAUUAUCGUAGUUAAAGUGAGGAUCUCUCUUUUACCAUGGGUGAAGUUUCAGGACAUUCCAAAGCUGGAUAAAUAAUGAAUCCCUUUGCUAGCUAGGGAGUUGAGGAAUAAUGUGUGUUGUCUAACUUGGCGUUAGAAACUAACGUCAAACCUCGGGGCGUCAGUACUAGUAGCUGCGUAGAAUGGUAAGUUGCACCUUAUAUUUGCUUCAGUUUUAGUGUUCAUUCAAAAGGUGUUGAGUCAGGGCUUACAAGAUUAGCGACCUGGUUAAUAUUUACAUUUUUAAAAUUUCUUGCCACUCCGGUCUGUUGCUCUCAGGAAGUCAUUUAAUGACCCGUUUAGAUUUCGAUCUUUUAUUGGUUGGAUCACCUCUGAAGUAGAAAGGAAUUGGGCUGGAUAGAUCAAGGCGCAUCAAGUGCAAAACAAAAGCCAUGUGGCUUCAGCAGAGAUUAAAGGGACUUCCUGGUUUGCUGUCAAGCAGCUGGGCCCGACGUGUUUUGGUUGGCUUUCUUCUUUUCCUUAUUUUUUACUGGUACUUAAGCUCAGACGGAGUUCUGAGGUUGGUGAGUAUGUUCAGAGAGGAUGGAGGAGCUACUGGAUUCUGCCUUCAGACUGAUGUUAACAGAUGGACGGCACUGGUGGAUCGUGGAGAGGGACUUAUUGCCACAUCUCAGAUGGAAGGAUCAGUACCGUUUGUUACAGGUAACGGACACAUGUUGGUCGAUGUGGAUUCUAAUAAGCUCUGGGUAACCUCAAGCUCACAGCCAGGUUCUGCCCCAGUGCACCAGACAGAAUAUUCACCCAUAGUACGGUGGCAAAUAGCAGGGAAGCAAUCUGAGGCCCAGGCUAAGAUGCUGUGGUACCGGAAAGGCUCUGUGGUCUCCUCUCGGUGCAUCCUGGUGGGCACUUCGAAGUCGUCCCGAGACUGUGUGGUCGUGCGUGAGGAAUACAUAGCUCACCGUAGCAGGCCGAACGUCUACCUUCAGAGGGUCCACAUAAGCAACCCAACAGACAAAGCUGCCUUAUUCGAGGUGUCCAUGGAGUCGCCGUCUUUCAGGAAUGUCGCGGAGAAGGUGGAGGACCGGGACUUCGUGCUGUCCAUGGGGAAGGUGCUCACAGAGAAGAAGGACACCGUACUGGUGGUGGUGGCCUCGAAAAGGUUGAGCCCACGCUUCCAGGUUCCCUCCAAGUCGGAGCACACAGAGAACAUAGUGAGCGUGAUUCACACUUCCGAGCCCAUCGACCUCUCCAAGAUGGAUGACACGUAUGGCAAGCUCCGUGAGGCCAUCAAGAAGGAGAUGGCAGAGGUGCUACAAGCCAACAUGGAAGAUUUGGUACAGGAGCACCAACAGGCGUGGAUGGAUCUUUUCAUAUCGGGUGUGGAGAUUAUUAAAAUCACUGAUGCCCACACUCCUUCCAGUCGCACGGUCAACACAACCCUCUACUACAUCCUCUCUGCCUCUGCCGCGCCUCUGCUGGACCCUGGCGUGCCUGCGGAGGUGCGGGAGCGACUGGAGUCAAGCCUGAGCUACGCUGACCACUGCUUCAGCGGCCAUGCCACCAUGCACGCCGAGAACCUGUGGCCCGGGCGUGUGAGCAGCACGGCGCAGAUCCUGCAGCUGGUCAACCUGUGGACGCUGACGCUGCAGAAGCGCGGCUGCAAGGCGCUGGUGGCGGCAGGCGCGCACGGCCUCAUACAGGGCACCGUACUGAGCUUCGGCGGCCUGCAGUUCACCGAGCACCACCUGCAGUUCCAGGCUGACCCGGAUGUGCUGCACAACAGCUACUCGCUGCGCGGCAUCCGCUACAACGCCGACGCCAUCAGCCUGGCCGUGCUCCAGGACGCCGAGGGCAAGCCCUUCCUGCACGUAUCGGUCAAGCCGCAGGAGACGCCCGUCAAGCUGUACGCGUGCGAGGCUGGCUGCACCAACGAGCCCGUGGAGCUGACGUCGGAGGCGCGCGGACACACCUUCCCAGUGCUGGUGACGCAGCCCAUCACACCGCUGCUGUACAUCGCCACGGACCUCACGCACCUGCAGGACCUGCGGCACACGCUGCACGUCAAGGCCAUCCUGGCACAUGAGGACCACAUGGCCAAGCAGUACCCAGGCCUGCCCUUCCUCUUCUGGUUCAGCGUGGCCUCGCUCAUCACUCUCUUCCACCUCUUCCUCUUCAAGCUCAUCUACAACGAGUACUGCGGCCCCGGCGCCAAGCCGCUCUUCAGGAGCAAGCAUGAUGAUGGCCUCUGACCUCCGAGAGAUGACGCGUCGGACAAUGGAGCGGAUCAGAUCAUCACCGUGCCCAUUAUUCACUAAGUUAUUGAAUACUUACUAUUACUGAACUAUAUCCAUAGUUUAUAUAUGCAAUAAUUUAUUGCACAUGAUGCUAAAACAACAUAUUUAGUUUGCAUUGCAGUGUACAAUGAGUAACGUUACAAAAAUGUAACCUUUAGACAGGGCUUUGUACAGAGAUAUUUACCUUUCACGAUGCUGGAAAAAAACCUAAAGGAAGUCUUGUUAAUUUACAUCAUCAAGUUUUUAGAUGUAAGAGAAAAGCAAUAAUUUCAUAAAUAAGGACAAGUGAAGUGAGCAUAAUUUCUGGCUCGAAGAAAAAGGUGCUUGCUGCUAGAAUGUUUGUCAGACAUUUGUCUGAAAUUCUGUUCUGAGAUUAUGUAAACCAGAGGGAAUUAGGUAUUAUAUUCCAGUUAUCAUUUAUUUCCUAGUCAUUAACAUUUUGCUAAUGACUAGCAAAUAAAGUGAAACAUUUUUCGUUUGAGGUGCAGGAUGUCCUACUAAGAAACUGCACAAGGUUCCUUAGCCUGUUAUGUUGGAGAAUGAGUUUCUGUCACAGAAAUGUCUUUGCCAGUUGGUAACUCGAGACAAAAUACAACAUUGCUUCAUAUUAUGAAGACAAACAGCUGUGGGGAGAGAGAGAGACAGACACAGACAGACAAACAGACUGAUUUUCGCAAAUGAGACUGGAAUUGUGGUGUAAAAGUGUAAACUUGAGUUUAAAGAUCAUGUUAAGUGUGUGGCAGCUUGUUUUCUAAGGUCACGCGAUCAGUUACGUGACACUGCGGCCAAAAACAGCGGGAUUUCCACACAGAGAAGAAUCUAAAUUCGGCUUUAUUCCGAAGCAGACUGGUGUUACUGGGAGAGGAUAAUGAUGGUGGAAGUGUGGUUUCUUUUAAGAGGGAGCGGGCGUUUUGGGUUGGGGAGAGAAGUCUGCUCAGCGCGUGUUAAUGCAGGGUAAUGUAUGUGUAUAGUAUGGUUGUAAGGACGGCAGCAGUAGCGAGGGCAAAUCUGAUUUAGGGAUUAUGAUAAAAUUAAAAAAUAUUAUUAGUGUCUUACGUAGAUGUUGGACGCUGACUUUUAGUUGGAUAAUU